ACACGAAUUGUAUUGAAACGAACGGCAAUAACGAGACGACCCCUCAGUUUGUGAUAUAGAGUCAUGUUUUGCCGGAGAUAUUGAUUAUUUGAUUUGAAGACACGAUAACUAUAUUUACCACUUAUUUUCAGAUCACAAAUCACUUCAUAAAUCGGGUUUAAAGGCCACUCAACUCUAGGUAAUGAUGAUGAAUGUGGGCUCUCCUAUGGAUGGUCAACAACCGGGCUCUUCAUGGUGGGUCGAGUCGUGGUCCAGUCAAAUAGCGACAGCACUGGCGCUGGUGUUAGUCCUGUGCGGACUCCUCACUGCCAUCAGUCCAAUCGCUAUCUACUGUAUUCUUCCGGGACUCAUACAACUGGUGGCGGCGGCUAUAAUCCUAAGCAUCGAAGCGCCUUCGUUCGUGGCGUUCCUGUCCUUCGCCCGCGGCGUCGGCCGAUUCAUUGAAGGCAAACCCUAUUGGUUCAAAGCAUCCAUAUAUGCUGUGGUAACUUUGGUGCCGUUCAUUAUUGGCAUAUCGAUGGGUUGCUUCGGCCCCGCAUUCAUACUCGGCUUUUUAGCCUCUUUGGGGAUUACGGCUCUCUUCGGUCUCUUAGUGUUGGGACGAAAGGGCAGCAGAGAUGAGAUGCGAUUCCAAGCGGGUGGCACUCCGACCGGCGCUCAGCCAUACUCUCCCACUUCUCCGUAAAGUGUAAUCCAAUGGAUGUUUUGGUGUUUUAAACUUCGAAUCUCUUCUCUUCUAAUCGUGAAAUAUAUGCAGAAAACGAAAUGUCUUUUCAGAUAAAACAUGUCAGAAGUCUAGAUCAUAGCUUAUAAAUGAUUGCUUUAAAUACUGUGUUAAUUACAAUUGUAAUAUCAGAGUCCGAUAUGUGACUGCAUUCCCCUCUUUAUAUAAGUAUUGCAUUUUAUAUUUAAGAUUAUGUUUAUUUUCACCAAAUAUUUUCAAUCAUUUGACAUUAAUUAUACAUUAAUUAUUAAUUAUAUAUUUUUCUCAUUUAUUAUUUCCAAUAAAAGUCGUUUACAUUUU